CGUAGUUAUUGGCCUCACGAAGUCGACAAGCGGACGAGCCAACAGGGGUUGCACUGGGCUGUUGCCGAGCGUCCCACAGGUGAAGCUGCCAAACCUAGAAUUUAGGCAGGCACACCGGAAUUGAAUCCCACAGUCAUGCCAGUCCCAAAAGGCACAGUUUUCUCAACUCUUUCGGUCUUUUCACCUCUUUCUCCAAUUCUGACCCGGCAAUUCAUUACAAUAUGGCCUCCGACAGUGAACUCAGUGAAGAGGAACUUGACGUCUCCCACGGCGACCGGGUAAGGUACCACUGCUACACCUCCAAGCAUGAACGGUACCAGUUUGAUUUCACCGACGAGGAGCGAGGGGAGACGAUGCGUGCGAUGCAAGAUAAUGCCACGCUCUUACGUUCACUUUACGACCGUGGCGUGCCAUUCUUUUCCAAGCAAAUAUUUCGGGACCUCGUUUCCCAACUCGAUCAUGGCCGGGCCAAUCCUCGCCCAGCUACAGGUGCGGAGGCCCAUGUGAUCCGGAUCCCAACAGUCGAUGGGUCGUUUGUUGAGUGCGAGCUGGAGGCUGGGCGCGUUGUCCGACUGGGAGUCCCAGGCGACCCUCAAUCUCCAGAUCAAGAAAUUGUUAUGCGGGAUCCGCAUCUCGACUAUCGGACGUUUCAGCGUCUAUCCCUCGUGGACGACCCUUCCUGGUUCUCUCCGUACCUGGCUCGCUGCCCGUGUCGUCUCAUUUACCCCUUGGAUGUUCGCCAAAUCUCGACGGGGGAGAUAAUCAACCCAUGGGAUAAGGAACCCGCAGAGGACGUUCAGAUCGUUUUUGAUAAAGCAGUCAGAGCAUGGGAAGAUAGUGACGAAUGCCGACGUUUGCGCUCCGCGUUCGAGAACGCACCUCUGCCAACCAUCAAUAACAUCGUGGCCUUUGCCUGCUCGUCCAUGCUCGGCAAAGAUGACCGGUCAAGAGCGGCUACCCAACAUGCCCUGAUUCUCACCAUGAGGGACAUCAUCGCGAAGCGCCAACCAGGGGCCCAAAGCCAGACCCAGAUCAAAUGCUUUGCCCAAGACCCGUUUUACGCGAAAGCGGACGUGGAAGUCCUCGGCAGAUCCGGCAUUACAAUUCUAGAGGACCCGCGGGCUUUCUUGAAAGUUGACGAUCAAAGCCUCGUCAUUUCCUUCCACCCAAACAUCCCCGUUAGGCAAAUCAUCACCGACAUUGCUCGUCCUGCCGUCAUGAUCUGGAAUCGUGUCGAGUCCGAAGCCGAACUUGAUGCUUCAUGGCAGGCGACAGGGGAAGUUUAUAACCCAGCUUUCAUGACUGACCCCGAGUCUUCCCGCGUUCGCGAUAUGGUUCGUGAUCACUACCUUAAGCGGCCCAUAGCCAUUGGGCCGGAGGAGAUGUUCGGAUCUGGAGCAGCUGUGUAUAUCCGGCGGGACUAGCGAAGCAGCGUAGCGAGUUCUAUUCGCAGUAUCCAUUACUGGCCUAGCCAUCUUGUGUCUGCGUUGACAGUAUACAUUCGGUACUGCGUCCCCCGCUCGUUUGCCUUCCACAGGUGCUUGCACUUAAGCCACCAGAACAGAGCAGUCACAAAGGCUAUUGCUGGGACCAAUCCACCAACUACAGCUGCGCCGGUCCAGUAAUGAAUCACAUAAAAAUGCUCGAGGUAGUAUCCGGGGUCCUUGAAAUCGAGAUAACCUCCCCAGAGUGGCAUGCCCAAUGCGCUGCUCCUACAAUAACAGUUGUUCGCCAGGCCAGUGAGCUAGA